GCCACCACUAUUGCUGUAUAACUUUGAGCUUGUUGAGGGCUGUCACAUGACGGAAUGUGCUAAGUAGAUAGAUAUGUGUGUAUGUGUGCAGCAGAAGAGAUCGGGCCUACUGUGACCGAGAGUAUGGUGUGGCGUUUCGUUUUCCAUACCAACUGAGCUGCGUUCGUCAGUAAAGGCGACUUCUGAGAACCGGAGAUAUUAUUCUAAUUUCCGUUCCUUUUCGUUUUUCUAUCCACACUGACAACAAUACGCAGCGUUCCUGUAUCCAGUCUAGUUUUUAAAAGGACUUGAGUGUGAAAGGGAAUUUGGCAAGAUGGCAGAAGAGAUAGGACUAUGCAGGAAUUAAUCGCUGCCAUCACCAUAGCACGCAGUGACUGUACGCUUUUAUCCGUUGGCAGACAGCUUCAGUGUGAUGACGUUUUACCAGGUUCUCCGUGGCUAUUGACGAGGAGGUUCAAACUGGUGUAUUCAGUUGCCUCGCAUCAAUGCGGGAUUUGAUCUUGAACGCGCAAGGUAGGAAUGUGUUAUCCGCUCAUUGAUGAACCAACUCGUGCUACACAGUAGAUUACUCGUGAACGAACUGCAGUCACUGUACUGUUGUUAUCAACAUUGCUCCAGGCGAGGAGAAAUACGACGAAUAUGCAGGCGAGGAGAAAUACGACGAAUAUGCAGCAACCCGUUUUGAACUGUUGCGAUUGUCAAAUGUAAAGUCGCUGUGGCUUGCAUAUGGAGCCAGGGAGAAUAGUCAUCGUUUAUUAGUUAUGGUGCUAAGACAUUUAUAAUAGUCCACGAGUAAUACGUUUGAAAUAUAUCCUGAUCAGCAUAGCGGUGCUUUUUUUGCUACUAGAGGAUUUUCUCAAUUCACGCGGAGUUGAUAGUGACCCUUGGGGACUGCUGGUCUGGAAUAGCAACAAAGGCGGGGGGCGCGCAUUCACGGAAUGUGAAUUUGACAACUCUCCACUACUUAUCUACUGACCUUAUCAGCGGGCAGCAGGGACGUGCGAGUGACUGAAGGAGAGAUGGCCGAGGUUCCAGCCCCCAGCAUUCACACUGAGUUGGACGUGGCCAUAGACCCAGACUUCGAGCCACAAAAACGGCCACGAUCGUGCACAUGGCCGCUGCCCCGACCCGAGUCCAAUUCUGGGAAACCAGAGAGCAAUGACACUGACAUUAUACCCGAGGAAGAGGAUGACGAAGAGGAACAACAUGCCACUUCCAUGGACAUCAACGUCAAUGGCACCGGCUCCAGCCUGGGAGCAGACGACCAGAACAGCAACAGCCCUACGGCCGAAGGACUGCUGUCCAGACAGGAAAAUGGAGGCUCCCCGCUCCCCUCCCAGUCCCCCACAGCCACUUCUGGCACACUCAGCACCAGCAGCCCGGGGGCGCAGACUGCACGGAAGUCCUCGUCGCGCAGAAACGCGUGGGGGAAUCUCUCAUAUGCUGACCUGAUAACCAAAGCCAUAAGCAGCACGCCAGACAAGAGAUUGACUCUGUCUCAGAUUUAUGAGUGGAUGGUGAGAUGUGUGCCGUACUUCAAAGACAAAGGUGACAGUAACAGCUCAGCUGGGUGGAAGAACUCCAUCCGGCACAACCUCUCCCUCCACAGUCGUUUCAUCCGUGUCCAGAACGAGGGAACGGGAAAGAGUUCCUGGUGGAUGAUAAACCCGGAGGGAGGAAAAGGUGGGAAGGCCCCCCGGCGCCGUGCUGUCUCCAUGGACAACAGCAACAAGUACACCAAGUCUGCCCGCGGCCGCGCAGCCAAGAAGAAGGCGGCCCUGCAGGCAGUGGCGGCAGGCGAGGGGAGCGGAGACAGCCCCUCAGGGCUUUCCAAGUGGCCGGGCAGCCCCACAUCACGGAGCAGUGAGGACCUGGAUGCCUGGACAGACUUCCGCUCACGCACCAACUCCAACGCCAGCACGCUGAGCGGGCGCCUCUCGCCCAUCCUGGCCAACCCAGAGCUGGACGAGGUGCCGGACGAUGAACCGCCGCUGUCGCCCAUGCUAUACUCCAGCCCUGGCAGGGCGCUGUCGCCCGGGAACCCUCCCACGCCCAAUGGGAAGGCAGUGCCCGCAGAGCUGCCUCGUUUGGCAGACCUGGCAGGAACCAUGAACCUGAACGACGGGCUGGCGGAUGACCUGAUGGAUGAGCUGCUGGAUAACAUUACUCUGGCCCCCAACCCAACCGGACCGACCGCCCAGAGAGGAUCCACCGGGUUCAGCUUUGGCUCCAAGCCUGCCGGGCUGGGUUCCACCUCCUCAGCCGCCUCUCCCUCCGCUGCAUCCCCCUCUAAUGGUGCAAGCAGCGGCGGCUACAAUAAUUCCAUCUUUGGGCCUCUCGCAGCGGGUUCCUCCCUGCGGCCUGCCCCCAUGCAGACCAUCCAGGAGAAUAAGCAGACGUCCUUCUCCUGCAUCUCCCGCUUCGGCAGCCAGACCUUGCAGGACCUUCUCAACUCAGAAGGCCACAGCCACAGCGACGUCAUGAUGACCCAGUCCGAUCCGCUGAUGUCACAGGCCAGCGCCGCCGCCGUCAUCUCCCAGAACUCCCGGCGAGGCCUCAUGCUCUGCAGCGACCCCAUGAUGACCUUUGGGACCACGGUUGCUGGACAGGGAGGUCUCUUGCACCCCCACAACCACAACCAGGGCUCCCUGAGGACCCUGAACGGGGGUCUGAGCCUGAACAACGAGGCCAACAUCAAGCAGCAGCUCCUGCACUCUCCACUGAGACUUGGAUCCAACGGCUCCUCUAUGAUGCAGAUUGAUUCGUCUCUCUUCCUGAACGGGAGCGCUGGUGGCAGUGGUGGGAUCUGCUCGCUAGGCCCCGACCGCUUUCCCACUGACCUGGACUUGGACAUGUUUAAUGGGAGCCUGGAGUGUGACAUGGAGUCCAUCAUCAGAAACGAGCUGAUGGACGCAGAUGGCCUGGACUUUAACUUUGAGUCUCUGGCCAACCUGAACGGAGCCAACCUUGGCAGCUUCACCAGCACCAAGCAGGGACCCCAGAACUGGGUCCCUGGCUGAGAGAGAGGACUCGCUCUGGAGGUGGCGGAGCAGGUCCCAACUGUAAAGCAUGAGAAGAUCAGACACAAAAUGUCCUUUUUGCCAAACCUGCCAUCAGCACAACGUGGAAUAAAAACCCUCUGUUUACACAAGACCUCCUCUAGAGAAACCUACCUUUGCUCCCACUCUGACCAACCAUGAAUGAUUUUAAAGACACAGACUCAAGACUCUACUGUCAGUUACUCAAAGCCUCCUGCAAAACAAAUAAAUAAAUAAAAAACUAUGUGAAAUCUUCACAACAAGCUCAUCUCAGAAUUAUGCAAUCUUCCUUUGAGAAAAUACCAGUCGGGUCAAAAUGAAUUGUAAAGAUUUCAGAGAGAGAGAGAGACUGUGUUUUGUUUAUUUGAAGGGGUUUUGGGAUGGGAAACCAGGAAAUGUGGCAAGCAAGGUUGUAAUGUACAGUGAAGUAAUUCCUGUUCGAAAAAUGACAAAAGAUAAACAAAAACAAAAGUAAUGUUGUGUGAAAUCUAAUACAGUGGUUUCUGGGGUGAGUUACCUUGAAAAUCUUCCCUCUGUUUUCACUCAGUGAUUUUAAAUGUUUAAUGUUUGUUUUAAAUUCCUGUUUUAUCAUCAUCACUGUAUCUGCACCACACCUGUUUGUGUAAAAAAAAGUAUUGAUUCAAUUGAAGGAAGGAGACAAUAUCUGCAUUUAGAAUAGCGACAACACACACACGUUACACACACACACCUCCCAAAAUGACAAGACUCCAUAGCCCCUUAGGAGUGAUGAUGACAUAAACAUAACGCCAUGCACUUCAGGUUUUGUUGUUUUCAUUUUACAUGAGUUUGAUUAGUCCCAGUUUUAAAAUUACUUAUAAUAAUGAUGUACAAUUAUCCUUAGCCAAAUACUAUACAGAGAGAUUGGUAUCGUUUGUGUGUAUCUACAGUUGAAGUCGGAAGUUUACAUACACCUUAGGCAAAUACAUUUAAACUCAGUUUUUCACAAUUCCUGACAUUUAAUCUGAGUAAACAU